GGACGCAUUUCAUACCUCACCUUCAAAACCGAACAGUUUCAGAGCAGCCAAAGUUUGUGUUCCCUAUACUUUGUUUUACUCCUACACUCUCCAUCUGACCAAAGCUACGUUCUGGAAAAACAAUGGAUUUGGGAAGCGAGAAAACGUCGUCGUUCAUGAGCGAUUUUCUGGAAAAGUGCGGUGGCUGUGCCGUUCUGGACGGCGGGUUUGCGACGGAGCUGGAACGACAUGGAGCUGAUCUCAACGACCCUCUCUGGAGCGCCAAAUGCCUCGUCAGUUCUCCUCACCUCGUCCGUAGGGUACAUUUGGACUACCUUGAUGCUGGAGCAAACAUCAUAAUAACCGCAUCUUAUCAGGCCACUAUUCAGGGUUUUGAGGCCAAAGGUUUCUCUAAAGAAGAAGCCAAAGCCCUGCUCAGGAAAAGUGUAGAAAUUGCAAUCGAGGCACGAGAAAUUUACUAUGACAAAUGUACCAAAGGUUCUUGGGAGUUUGUGGACACAGGAAAGCCAUCAAGACAUCCAGUUCUAGUUGCAGCAUCUGUAGGAAGCUAUGGAGCCUAUUUGGCUGACGGUUCCGAGUAUAGUGGCAACUACGGCGAUGCAGUGACUCUAGAAACGUUGAAAGAUUUCCACAGGGAAAGGGUUCAGAUUCUGGCCAACUCUGGUGCUGAUCUAAUUGCAUUUGAGACGACACCGAAUAAGCUAGAGGCCAAGGCAUAUGCUGAACUUCUUGAGGAAGAAGCAAUAGAUAUUCCAGCAUGGUUUACUUUUGCUUCUAAAGAUGGAAUCAAUGUGGUGAGUGGUGAUUCCAUCUUUGAGUGUUCCUCUAUUGCUAAUGCAUGCAAGCAAGUUGUUGCUGUUGGAAUCAACUGCACACCACCUAGAUUUAUCCAGGGGUUGAUUUCAUCUAUUCGGAAGGUAACAAGCAAACCAAUAGUGAUAUACCCCAACAGUGGUGAGACCUAUGAUGGUCAGAGCAAGCAAUGGAUUCCAUCCAGUGGGCGGGUUGAUGAAGAGUUUGCAGAAAUAGUCAUAGAGAAGUGGCGUGAGGCAGGGGCUUCCCUGUUUGGAGGCUGCUGCAGAACAACUCCAAAUACCAUAAGGGCAAUAUCUAAGGCUCUUUCCAACAAGUCUUCUGCGGUUAACUAUGCUUAGUGUAGUUCAGAAAAUGAGAUGUAAAUAUUUGUAAUCUGAUGCUAAGAAUAACUCGUCAUUUCCUUGUUUUGUAACUCCAAGGAAGUAGCAAAUUACUGUCACCAUGGUGCUGCUGCUGUAUGAUGACUGGUGAGGUCGUUUCACAUCAAAUAACAGUGUUUUUGCUA